AUAUUACCCUUGCUUUUUUUCCCAACAAAAACACACAUUUACACCAUAAAACACACACUUAUCUCUCAAGAUUUUUGUGGGUCUUCUUUGAGGUCUGGGAAAAGCUACAACAGGAAGAGGGUUUGUUUGAACCAAAUUCAAGAAAAAGAUUUGUGUUUCUUUUUUUCUCUGCUUUGCUUCAAGUGGGCAGUGAAGAGUACCAAAAGUUGCUCAGAUUCUCUGAAUGGGGUAUCUUUUUCUCUUCCUACUUUUGGUUGUGUGUUUUCCUCCAACUAGGGUUUGGUCAGAAUGAAUCAUGAAAUGGAUGGAGGGCUUAUUUAUGAUACUGAAUCAAUGUUCUUUUUCUCCUGUGCCUAAAUUAACUGCUCCCUGGACACUUUUCUGAGCUCUUUAAUGAGUUUUCUCGUCAUUGGGGAAGCAUCUCUUGUAUAAAUUAGGGAGUGUUUAAUUUUACCCAUUUCAAUUCCAAUGAUCCCUUCGGGAACAGUGGUGUCUAUCUUUAAUUAUUAAUUUUCUAACCUUUUGUUUCUUCACUCUCAUAAAUUUUAAGUUGGGGUCUCCUUAAUUACUUCAAUUUUCUCAUGGUACAGUUGCUUUUGUAGUUUAUUCAGCUUCAUCUAAGUUGUUGCUUUGAUUUGGGGCUUUAAUCAUCUGGGAUUUUCUUGUUAUUGGAGUUGAUUGUGUAUAUUGCUUGAAAAUUAGGGCUUUUUUUCUGGGCGGCCAAUCUUUUGUGAUUUUGACCUUUUUCUUGGGUUGUUUGUGAAAAAGAGAGACGAUAUAUGGCUGGGGAGGAUGAAAUUGAGGGGGGAAACAGAGAUGAAGAACAAGUACAUUUCCAUUCAGCCAAUUUAUCCUCAGAUUGGCCAUUUAAUGGCCCUAAUGAUCUUACAAAUACAUCAAUGAGCAUGAUUACCUCAAGCAACCCCAUGAACAAUACUUCUUGUUCUUCAGCUCCUAUGAUUGACUCCUUUUGCCAUACUGCUCCCACCGUUUGGGAUCAUCAUCCAACAAAUUCACAAAACCUAGGAGCUUUCUGUGACAUGAAUUUGCAAAACAAUGCCGCCACUUCAUCAUCCUCACUUGGGUUCAGAAAAGGAAAUCUUGUCCCUGCAAGAAAUCUUGACAUGUGUUGGGCUCCAGCAAAUUCCGCCAUAAAAAGGGGUGGGAUGUUCUUGCCACCGGCUGCUUCCAACAUUCUUCCUCACAGCUUAUCUCAAUUUCCAGCUGAUUCGGGUUUUAUUGAGAGGGCAGCCAGGUUGUCAUCUUUCAGUGCAGGUAAUUUUGAAGAUAUGAUAAACCCUUUUGGCAGUGUACCUGAAUCAUCUCUGAGUCCUUAUUCUAGUAGGGCUAUGCAAGGCCAGCCACAAGAUGGUUUUGUAGGGAACGGGUUCAAAUCGGCAUCUGCCCAAGGAUCUAAAGAUAUGCCCCUGGUUGUUGACUGUGGGGGGGCCAAUGAUGGAAGUCAAUCUAAGAAUGAAAGGCAGAGUGAGAGCUUUGUGAGGUCUGUUCAUGAAGCAAAGCAAGGUGGAUCUGGUUUCUCCGGAAAUAAUGUGGCCAGUGAAGCUGAAUUUAGUGAAGGUGGUGGUGGUCAGGAUGAUAAUUCUAAUGAGGGACUUGACUCAAAGAAAAGGAGAAGAGGUGAUCAGGAUACCGAUUACAAUCAAGUCAAACGAUCUCCACAAACACCUAGUGAAGCUACAAAGAACAACACUGAAGUUCAACAAAAGGGUGACAACAAUCCAAAUUCGGUUGCUAAUAAGUCGAGUGGGAAACAUGGUAAGCAGGUGUCGCAAUCAUCUGAUAUACAGAAGGAAGAGUACAUUCAUGUAAGGGCUCGAAGAGGCCAAGCUACCAAUAGCCAUAGUCUUGCAGAGAGAGUGAGGAGGGAGAAGAUCAGUGAACGAAUGAAGUUCCUUCAAGAUCUUGUCCCUGGAUGCAGCAAGGUCACAGGCAAAGCGGUUAUGUUGGAUGAAAUCAUUAACUAUGUACAGUCACUACAACGACAGGUUGAGUUUUUGUCGAUGAAGCUUGCUACUGUUAACCCUCGGAUGGAUUUUAACAUUGAAGGGCUCCUUGCAAAAGAUAUGCUUGAAUCACGAGGGGGGUCUUCUGGUACACUUGGGUUUGGUCCGGAUAUGGCUAUGCCUUAUACUCCAAAUUCAUCACAAAUGGCAAUCAUGCAAGGCGGACUUUCUGGUCUAGGAAGCUCUUCAGAUGCAGUGCGGAGAACAAUCAAUUCCCAUUUGAUGGCUGUUGGAGGUUAUAAAGAUCCUACAUCCCAGACAGGUACCUAGUUCAUGGGACGACGAGCUUCACAACAUUGUCCAGAUGGGAUUAAAUCCUAGUACCCCCAUCAGCAGCCAAA